AUGCCGCCCUCCACCAACUUCCUCAACUCACCCUUAUUUCGGCCGAAAUCUACAUCGCCAUGUAGCGAAGCACAAAUUGUCCCAAGUGUCUCGGUUCCUCGGCUGAAUGCGCCAGAUGUGACGGGAUGCCAGCUGGACAAGUUGCCCACUCCAUGGACCGUACAAAUCUUCAUUCCUGGCGUGGCAAAGGACCCUUUGAUUAGCUUUCGGGGGGUUCCGAUGGAUAGAGAGUUUCAGCCGAUGGGACAUCUGACUUGCCUAUUCAGGAAGGCCAGCUGGAAAGAGGCCGAAACAACACCAGCAGUCUUGGCCGAUGGAUGGCGGGCCAAUCCUUUCGCUCGACGCCAACCCAUGCGUAUCACUAGCCUCCUCGCCGCCGCCACCAUCGCCCUCGCGGCGCCUGUCCCUGAGCCACCCGGUGUUCCUAGCACUAGCACUGCGCAGAGCGACCUUAGCAGCCUCCAGGUCGCCGCCUCGGGCAGUGGCGAUGGUUACUCGCGCGCCGAGUUCCCUCACUGGGUCAAAGUUGAGAGCAGCUGCGACGCUCGCGAAUACGUCCUGAAGCGUGACGGCCAGGGCGUCGAGGCAGACUCGACUUGCAAGAUUACCGCUGGCACCUGGUUCAGCCCCUACGAUGGGACUACCUGGACCAACAGCAGCCUGGUCGAUAUUGACCACAUGGUGCCCCUCCAGAAUGCCUGGAUUUUGCUAACAUGUAUCCGCAAAAAGUCGGGUGCCGCGAGCUGGACCAAGGCGCAGCGUCAGGACUUUGCAAACGACAUCAAGCGUCCGCAGCUCUAUGCCGUCAGCGCAAAGGCCAACCGCUCCAAGGGCGACCGCAGCCCCGACGGAUGGAAGCCGCCGCUGACGAGCUUCUACUGCACCUACGCCAAGUCCUGGGUCGCCGUCAAAAGCUACUACAAGUUGACCAUUACCUCGGCCGAAAAGUCUGCGCUGAGCGACAUGCUCGACACUUGCUGA